AAUUCCACUUGUGCCACACACACAAGAGAGAGAGAGAGAGAGAGAGGUGCUUUUGAACAGAGAAAGAUAAGCAGCUUUUCUCAGAGGAAGAGAGAGAGAGAGAGAGAGAGAGUAAACUACAUCCUAGAGAAAUGCAUUCAGAUAAGGACUUGUGCUAGACCCAGUAGUAAAUAUCGCUCUCUCUCUCACACACACCAAAUGACCCCCUCCUUCCUGCAUUUCCCAAAAAACAGUUCGACCUUUAAUGCCCCUUCAAGAAUCUCUCUCUUUCCUCCCUACACAAUUCAAACUUCUUACCCUUCCCCUAGUCCCAGACCUAGAGAAGCACACAGUGUUCUUCUUCACCAGUCUGACCUUUAAACCUGUUUGAAAAAAAUACCACUUUGACUCUCUCUCUGUCUGUCAUCUUUUUACUUGGGUUAUCUUUUCUUUUGCAUUCUCACACUUUGUGGUGCCAAAACAAGAACUGGGUUUGUUCCUACAUGUUGGCAUUGACUCAAAGUUGUAGCCUUUUUUAAAUAAUAGUUUUUCUUGAGAGGGGUUGUUUUGAAUUUUGAAGUUUGAAAUAUUAGAGCUUUGGAUUUGAUGCAUAUGGUUAUGGGGUUGCCUUUGAAGAUGCUUGGUGUCAAAGGAUUUAUAAUGGGUUGGUGACAGUGGACCUCUUUCCUUCCAGUCUCUCUUGCUCUUUCCCUUCAGCAUGAAGCCUUUUUCUUGCUUACCUUGGUUUGGUAAGCUGUAAAAGUAGCUUCCAUCUUUGUCUUUUCUCCUACAUAAUUAUUAUUAGCCUUUGAAUUUUGAACUUCCUUUUCUCUCUUGCUUUCUUGGUUGUUAAAAGUUUUGUGGCUGUUGCUCUAAUCAAGUUGUAAUUUUACUUAAAUUUCAUAGCUUUUCUUUUGCAUAUAGCCAAGUUGGUUUUUUUUUUCUCUCUCUUUUGUUCUAGCUUUUAAUUCCAUAUAUAGUUUUUAGAAACUUCAUCUGUGAAAUCUGAUCAAUUUAUCGGUUUUGUUAUGUUCACAUCCUGAAAAGAUGUAUAAUAUUUCAGUUUUGCAACCAAUGUAUAUCUUGUGGUAAUUUCAGUGUUAGUAUUCUGCAUCCAAAUUUUCGAUACCUAGAAACUUGUCUAGUAUUUGCAAAUUGGGUUCACAUUCUGCCGAAUUUUGUGUUUCUAUAGAGCUGUCCUAGUACUGAACAGUGAGUAUUAGAGCACGAGGGAGCAUUUUGCAUUGAGUUGCAAAGUUGGGGCUUCAAGGUUGCCUUUGAAAGAUAAUCAAAUAAAUGCAUGGAUCGGAGGGACCCUAUGGCAUUGUCGGGGUCAGCCUCUUACUUUACGUCUAGAGGAAUAACUGGUUCCGGAACACAAUCUGGGAUACAUGGAUCACCAGGCAUUCAUCCCUUAUCUAAUACAAAUAUAGCAUUUCAAUCCAAUAUUGAAGGAAGUAACAUUGGAUCAACAUUGCCGGUAGGGCCUUCUUCGGCUAUUUCACAGCAUGGUGUCAAUCUGGGUGCACCAUCCGCGGUGCCACCAGGCGAAUCUUUUAAAAGGAAAAGAGGAAGACCUCGAAAAUAUGGACCUGAUGGGACUGUUUCAUUGGCAUUGUCUCCUGCAGCAUCUGCUAAUCCUGGUACAGUAUCAUCAAGCCCAAAACGGGGUAGAGGGCGGCCACCAGGGUCUGGGAAGAAGCAACAAUUAGUGUCUCAUGGCGGAUUGCUGUCUGGUUCUGCUGGGAUGGGAUUUACUCCACAUAUUAUCAGCAUUGCAGUGGGAGAAGAUGUUGCAACAAAAAUAAUGGCGUUUUCGCAGCAGGGGCCAAGAGCUGUGUGCAUCUUGUCAGCCAACGGUGCUGUCUCUACUGUGACGCUACGUCAGCCCUCAACUUCUGGUGGUACAGUCACAUAUGAGGGACGGUUUGAGAUAAUAUGUCUCUCAGGCUCUUACUUGCUCACUGAAAUUGGUGGUUCCCGAAACCGAAAUGGCGGUCUGAGCGUCUCCCUUGCUAGUCCUGAUGGUCGUGUCAUUGGUGGAGGAGUAGGAGGGAUGCUUAUUGCAGCAACCCCUGUUCAGGUGAUAGUAGGUAGCUUCAUAUGGGGUGGUUCGAAGACAAAGAACAAGAAAAGGGAAGCCGUAGAAGGUGUCACAGACUUGGAACACGAGACGGUUGACAAUUCGGUUGCACUAAACAGCAUUCAACCAGAUCAGAGUGUAAGCCAAAGUGCUUCAUUGGCCGCGUGGCAGGCAUCACGGCCACUGGAUAUGCGUAACAGUCAUGUUGACAUUGAUUUGAUGCGAGGGUAACUAUUUCGUUUACACGGUCAGUGUAUGUACAUUUCAGUUUCAUCGCUAGUUGGAUUUAUUUUUCUUCGAAGCAUCGAUGUUGGGAAACAGAAGCCAGAUGAUCGUCUAACUUCAUUUAUCCAUGAUAGACAUUGGGUCUGUACUACUAUAUUUCUUUAGUUUAAUCAAAUUUUAGCUUGAACUUGAGCAUUCAUGAUUUCACUUUCA